GAGGUCUGAGGUGUGAAUGGUCAUUAACAUAUCUUUUGUUUCCAAGGGUGGGAGAGGUCUGAGGUGUGAAUUGGUCAUUACUAUGUGUGACAAGCUUGGUAGGAACAUCCUGUGUUCAGUGUUUUGUCCAUUUAAGUACCUUGAAAACACGCAUGCAUGCAUUUUUCAUGAUGAAAAAAGGCUCUGGACAGCAUCGGGAACUGGAAGAGUUAAACAAAAAAAUUUGCAAACGCUUAUUAUUAUACAGGAU